AUGGACACUGAAUUUCCUGGAGUAGUAGCCAGACCAAUUGGUGAAUUUAGAUCUACAGCCGACUACCAAUAUCAAUUACUGAGGUGCAAUGUAGAUCUAUUAAGGAUUAUACAAUUAGGUCUUACAUUCAUGGAUGAAAAUGGAAGGACUCCACCUGGAUGUACAACAUGGCAGUUUAAUUUCAAAUUUAAUUUACAAGAAGAUAUGUACGCACAAGAUUCAAUUGACCUCUUGCAAAACUCUGGGUUACAAUUUAGAGAGCAUGAGGAACAUGGUAUUGAGCCAUUGGAGUUUGCUGAAUUACUGAUGUCAUCAGGAAUUGUACUUAUGGAUGACAUAAACUGGCUCAGUUUUCAUUCAGGAUAUGACUUUGGGUAUCUACUAAAAUUGCUUACUGAUCAGAACCUACCCCAAGAGGAGAAUGAUUUUUUUGAAAGUUUGCGGCUGUACUUCCCCACAGUAUAUGAUGUCAAGUAUUUAAUGAAACUCUGCAAGAAUCUGAAGGGUGGUCUUCAAGAAGUAGCCGAUCAGUUGGAGCUACGUCGUGUCGGGCCACAACACCAAGCGGGAUCAGAUUCACAUCUUACGGGUAUGGCAUUCUUCAAAAUCAAAGAAAUAUUUUUCGAUGGCAACAUUGAGAGCACGAGCGGUCACCUCUACGGGCUCGGUGCGCCGUUCCCCACCAACAACUUCCAAGACAACGGCGACACUGGCAGCCCCUCC